UGGCAACAAGCCACGCCCCAGCCCGCCGGGUGGGUUUGCGCAGGCGCCCACGGAAGUGGCCCGCCGGAAGCGGAAGUCCCGCCCCUCUCGCGCUCCAUCCGCAGAGGCAGAAGCAACGCGGAGGAGGUUGGAGUGAGAGUGACCCGAACGCGGGGCCGGCACCAUGAGCCUCCUCAACAAGCCCAAGAGCGAGAUGACCCCCGAGGAGCUGCAGAAGCGGGAGGAGGAGGAGUUCAACACGGGCCCGCUCUCCGUGCUCACGCAGUCGGUCAAGAACAACACGCAGGUGCUCAUCAACUGCCGCAACAACAAGAAGCUGCUGGGCCGCGUGAAGGCCUUCGACAGGCACUGCAACAUGGUGCUGGAGAACGUGAAGGAGAUGUGGACCGAGGUCCCCAAGAGCGGCAAGGGCAAGAAGAAGUCCAAGCCGGUCAACAAGGACCGCUACAUCUCCAAGAUGUUCCUGCGCGGGGACUCGGUCAUCGUGGUGCUGCGCAACCCGCUCAUCGCCGGCAAGUAGGGCGCCGCCCUGCGCCCGCCCCGCCCUGCGCCGGCCCCGCCCCGCUCAUCGCCGGCAAGUAGGGCGCCGCCCCGCCCUGCGCUGGCCCCGCCCCGCCCUGCGUCAAUAAAGCCCCAGCGUGUUUUCUA